AUUUUUUCAACCUGCUAAUGUUGAUGUUUUUUGAAAGAUAAAAGGUUUUGAAAACUCCGCUGUAUUUUGAAGGUUUCCACCGCCAAAGUUCUACUUUAAGUAGUUCCUGAUGGAGAAACAUUGAAAUCACAUGUUUUCUCCUCACACUUCAGUAGAUAAGUGAUCCUUUACUGAACCAAAAGUUACAUAGACUAAAAUUCUUACCAUUUUAAUCCGAAUCUUAAAUUGUUUUGAAUUAGAAGUUUGCAAAAUACUACCAGAACAAAAUGCUUCAAAGCCCACAUCAAAACAGUCAUAGUGGGCCGGAGAUGUACGGCUCAUGCAAAUUGUACGGCUCAUACAAAAUUACCCUAAGUCAUUCCCCUCAAAAAAAUAUAAUCAUGCUAAACCAGGACUCAAAUUUCAGGUGCGGAUCCAGAAAAAUUAUGACAGAUUAUAUUUGAAUGGUUUCACAUUUUUCCCCUGGGAAAUUCCAUUACAUUCCUAGGUAUCUUUGCCCCCUAAAUACCUACCCUAUUGUCUUAGCUAUAAAAAUAUGUCCACUGCGAGCAUCUUGUAUCUAUCAGCAGAUUUUGGGAAGGAUGCUUCGGAGGGGGCUCUGGGGGCUCAGUUCCAAUUGUUAAAAUUCAGUUAAGUUUUAGCGAGGGCUCAUUUUGUCAGCAAAUAUUAAAUCAAUUUUCCAAAAGUUAUCAGCUCCCUAAAUCAUGCGGAAUAUCUAUUGACAAACUUAAGUAUUCGGUCAAAUGAACAUAGCUUGUUGAUAUUUUCAUCAAAGGUCAUAGAAAGUAUUAGAAUUUAUAUCACAGAGGUAGUUGAGAAUUAGAAUUUACAUUGCUUCUCUAAGAGGCAUAAUGGGAGAGAGAGCGAUUUUAACAUGUUACCUCUCAGGAUUUUCUGUUUACAAAUUUUUAAAUGUUUACAACUUUCUUCAAUUCAGCUUUUCAUUUCACCAACUUUUUUAUCAGAUUAUUGUAUACACGUAAACAAGCAUUGUCAAAGAUAUAAUAACCCACCCUUUGAUCUUUAGCCAUGCCCUUUUGAGAAUUGGCUAGAUCAUUGUUUUCCAAACAUGCUAUAUUCUCUUUGUGCAAAUAUGCCUGUAAAAUUAUUGUAAUUUUCAAUUUUAUUUAUAGAGAAAAAAAAUUCUACAGAUGUCUGUUUAUUGGUUGCCUUGUAAUGAGUUUUCUGUUCAUUUGGUGGGAUGGCUCUUUGCCCUUAUUCAAUGAUGUAUGGAAUAGAAUGUUUCGUUUCAACUCAUCACUCGUUCUCUGGAAACAUCAAAACGCACUCUAGUGACUUUGAAGUAAGAGAAAUGGAUAUGAAUGGUGUCAUCGCCGAUGGCGAAGAAUCAAUUUUAAAUCGGGAAAUUGAAAAUUCAGACUACGCUGAUACACCAAUCAGUGAUCAACAUGCGUCUUUCACAGGACGUUCUUCCAAGAUAGGAAGCAUGAGUCAGAUGGAACAAUCAUUUGUUACCUCCGAGGUAUAUAAAUUUGAUGACACACCUAAUGUUCACCAGAGUAUAAACCGUAUGCUGGAUAAUUCGUGCAUUGGUGGUCAUAAAAUCACUGGGCAAAGACAGGCAAUGCAUAAACAAUUUAAAUCUGAGUUGAAACAAUCUCAGUUGACGAUAAAUGAAAACCCUGAGGAGGUAGUUAAGAGCCUUAUCAGCAAAUCAGACUUGGACCAUUUAUACCACAUAAGCAGUGACAAUGAAGGGGAACAGACUGUUAAUAUUGGUGUUGUAAAUGACAAGAUUGACAGGACAAAGAUGCACCAAUGUAUACGAUAUUUGUUUCCACACCUGAGAACCUCGGUGAUCAAAAAUGAUACUGGAGACACUGUAAUCACUGUUUCCAAAGAUUUCAUUUACAAAGAGUUCUUGGAAGCGGGAAUGAGUAAAGAAUGCGCUGAUAGGUUUUUCAAAUUUGUCAAUUGUCAAAUGGUUCUGAAAGACAAAAGCACCUUCAUCGCACAAAUAAAUGGCGACAAAAGCCAGCGUACUAACAUCCAUCGUUUGAUAAGAUUUCAUUUCGGGUCUUUCUUAGAAUCAAAAACAUUUUCUGGUGAUAAUGGUACUGAUAAUAGCAUUAAUGUUAGGUUUAGACAGAAAAGACCAUCACAUACCUCUUUUCCAUCACAUACUCCAGGAGAUGUCUAUAGAUUUGUCUUAUGUAAACGUAAUGUCGAAACUUCUGAUGCAUUAGCCAGACUAUCUGUUGCCUUCAAGACAAAAUCUAUUAACUUUAGUUACGCGGGUUCAAAAGACAAGAAAGCUAUAACUUACCAGAACAUAACAGUUCGAGAUAUCGAUUUUGCAGAUCUAAAUAAGAUUGCUAGGCAGUUAAAGGGAGGAGAUCUUGAGGUAACAAAUAUUGUUAGAGUCAAAGAAAUGCUACGGCUUGGCGACCUGCGAGGGAAUGUUUUCAAGAUAAUUGUUCGUAACAUUACAUCUAAAAGAGGAGAGCACCUCUCAAGUUUGAUAGAUACAGCUGUUAAUAAUGUGAAAAUGAAUGGCUUUGUUAACUACUUUGGCACGCAGCGGUUUGGCUUUGAGGAGAGUACUGUUAGUUCACCUGUUAUUGGUUUAGCAAUGUUAAAACAGGAUUUUGUUCGAGCAGUUAGCUUGAUACUCAGUCCGACUGGCCAAUGUCCUGAUUCUGACGAGGCUAAAAGGCAUUUCCAGGCUACCAAUGAUGUAAUCGCUACGCUGAAAAUAAUGCCAAGUUGGAGAACAAGAGAGAUAACUAUACUCAAAGCUCUCAAACAGCAUGGCUUUUCAGACAAAGGCUGCCAACAGGCAUUGCUAAGUCUUUCCUACCACGUAAGGCUCAUGUACGUGCAUAGCUACUGUAGUUUGUUGUGGAACAGGAUGGCAACAAAGAGACUACAGAUGUUUGGACUAAAUGUGGUAGAUGGAGAUUCAGUUGAAUUAAGCAACCACUCAGAUUUCAAGAUAAUAGAUUUUAAAAAUGACUCUGCAGAUGAAUGUAAAAUUUCACAAGUCGUGCUUCCUCUUCCAGGUUUUAGGAUUGGCUUCCCAAGUCACUUGUCUCUUGAAUAUGAGAAUGCUUUAAAGCGAGAUGGUCUCUCAAGGUCCAACUUUCGAAUUCGUAAAUUGCGGUUAAACGUCCCUGGAGUUUAUCGUAAGUUGCUCUCUUAUCCAGAAAAUAUGACAUGGAAAUUUCGCUGUAUGAAAGAUGAUAUGCAGAAAAUGGAACGUAGUACUGAAAGACCAAGAGAGGGUGCAAAUCUUAAAGAUCAAGCUGGACAUGGACUUAAUCCAAUUAACGUUGAGUUUCAGUUCUCGCUUAAGGCGGCGUCUUAUGCCACUAUUUGCCUGAGAGAAGUUAUGAAUCAGUAAAAUGUGGCUCUGCGUUUACUCUAUAUAUUUUCAAACUAGCAAACAGAAAGUUUGAAUUCACCAGAAUACUCUUCGUUUAGAAAGGAAUAUUGUUUCAAUUUAUGCUGGCAUCUAUUAGUAUUUCACGCAUUCGUCGUUCCUUCUGAAAUCAAGCUAUGUAUCACGUACUGCAAUGUGGCAAAUGAAACUUUCGUAGGGUUUUCGUAAGUCUGUUUUUGUGGAUCAGACUUUUUUAACAAUUUUAUUUUAUAGCGAAAUGCCCUGAAGCCAGCUACCAUAUUUCAGCAAAAUACUUUAACUUCUCAUCAACCUACUACCCUUGUUCAACAAUGACAAUGAGAAACGUUGAGAUAAGAAACCCUUUCUUUUAACAGUGACAUUAUCAAUAAGACUUGUGCCGGUAGAAAUCUGGGGUCCAAAUUGUUGCUAGAGUAGUUUGCCAGAAUGAGAGAGGCGUCUGUCAGUCGAGACAUGCUAUACUUUUUUAUAUAUAAAACUCAAUUUAUAUAUACAAAUAAAUAUGCAUGUUGUGCUUUGAAAUUCGUGUCCUUGCCAGCUCCUCAGACAAUCCUCCAGGUAGAGCAUUUCAGGGCUUAUGAUCAGUAUGGCCCGCUACAUCUGGGUUUCCCCUCACCUCGGCGUCCAGGGAUGAUGAUAGCAAAGGUGUAGCAAUGUAUGGUAGCGUUGUAUAUAGAACAACUGAGUUCCAAAUUUUUGUCUGUAUGAUUUAAUGAUGUAGUGUAGCCAUAACAAUUCUUGAACUAUGGUAAUAUGUAUUUAUAAAGUUAUGCCGCGCAUGGAAAAGACAACAUGUAAGUUGGAUAUGAUGUAAUAGGUGCAGUGAGAUAGCUUGUAAUGCAACUUAAUGCUCGAAAUUUAUAGUAAAUUAACCACUCUCCAAGAUUUGUUUGCCUUUGUAGGGCUACAGUAGGGCUUUGCUACCAUACGUUUUGUGAUUCGGUGUCUUUUGAAAAAGUAUUCCAACGUUUUUAAGAAUUUGACGGAUGUGGAUGGUGUGACUGUUAAUAUUUAUAAUGAAGGGUAAAAUAGGACAGAUCACUGCCUUCGGUUUUAUUAGAUUUGAAUAGUUAUGACUGCGACAGUCUGAUGACUUUGUUGAAUUGUUUGUUUAUAUCAUCGAUCUUGUUCACAGAGAUUAUCAUUGUUCACAGCGAA